AUGGCGCUGAUACUGCACUGCAAGUCCGGAGACGACGAUCUCCGCGGUCGCGCUGUCGAGGCCAACGCCACAUACGAGUUCACUUUCGGCAUGACACUCGACACGCUUUUCUGGUGCAAGGCGGCGUUUCGAGACCGCCGUCUUUCCUUCGUCGCGUUCGGGCAGGUCAACGUUAAGCACUUCGACGUGUCUGACGGUGGAGUUGACGGCGUUGACGAGUACAGUGGGGAUCGAGUUCAUGUCUGCGAUUGGAACUGA